AUGCAAACCCUUGCUUCUCGGAAGCGGCGGCUGCCAUCUAUUGCGAUUCGUAGCAGCCGCCUACUGCAGCAGCAACGCGAGCAGCAGCAGCAGCAGCAGCAGCAACAACAACAACAGCAACAAGUGCAGCAUCAUCAGCUGCUGCAGCAGCAAAAAUGCAGCUACGUAGCAAAAGCUUGUGCUGUUGCGCUGCACGCAACUCAGGGGCAGAAGCCUCCCGAUAGCAGCAGCAACAUCGGUGGCGGCAGCAGCAGCAGCAGCAGCAGCAGCAGCAGCAACAGCAACAGCUGCAGGAUGGGCAGCAGCAGCAACAGCAAGGGCACAAGCAGCAGUAUGCCUACUCGGCUCGUUUACUCCUGCCAUUCGAGUCCAACAAGCACCAGUUUAAGUAGCAGCAGCAGCAGCAACAGCAGCAGCAGCAGCAGCAGCAGCAGAAACAACAGAGGCAGCAGCACUUCUGCACUGCGCCGCCUAGAUGCAGCAGCAGCGGCAGCCCCAACAGCAACAGCAGCAGCAGCAGCUCGUCUGACACGCAGCAGCAGCAGCCUCGCAGUGCCGCCGCGCCUUCUUCGCAGCAGCAGCAGCACCAGCAGCAAAACGAGCAGCAGCAGCAGCACCACCAACAGCUUACAGCCCCUUCUGCCCAGAAAGCAGCAGCAGCAGCAGCAGCAGCAACAGCAGCAGCAGCAGAAGCAGCACUCACAGUGGUUUUCGCAGCGAAGAGAGACACAACUGCAUCGCGAGGCAGCAGCAGGGCCUUCUCAAUGCCGCGCUCGUAGCAGCAGCAGCAGCAGCAGCAGCAGCAGCAGCAGCAGCAACGGAGGCAGCAGCAGCGGCAGCAGCAGCAGCAACAACAAUAAGAAUGGCACACCGGAGGAGCAGCAGCAGCGGGUCGGGGUUGAAGACGCAGCAGCAGCAGCAGCAGCAGGUGCUGAUGCUGCUGCGGAGCCUGCUGCAGGUGCUGCUGCUUAUACCCUCCCCGAGGCCAUCUUUGACAGCCCUGCUGCUGCUGCUGCUGUUGCUGCUGCUGCUGCUGCUGCUGCUGCUGCUGUGUCACCGUGUGUAGCAGCUGGUGGCGUGGCAUCUGUGGCAGCAGCUGACUCUCAGACAGAACCAGCCGCAGCAGCAGCAGCAGCAACAGCAACAGGAAUAACAGCAGCAGCAGCAGCAGCAGCAGCAGUGCCUGAGCAGCAGAAAGAUCUGUCGCAGCAGCACCGCAAUUCUGCUGGAAAUGAAGAAAGCAGCAGCAGCAGCAGCAGCAGCAGCGGCAACCGCAGCAGCGACAGUACCACCAGCAGUGACAACAGCAGCAGCAACAACAGCAGCAGCAACAGCACUAGCAGCAGCACCAACAGCACCAGCAGCAGCAGCAGCAGCAGCAGCAGCAGCUGGCUUGAACAUCUGUGGGGUCGCCAGUGCCGAGGGUCGAGGCGCACAGUGUCGCUGCUAGCUGCUGCAGCAGCACAGCAGCAGCAGGAGCAGCAGCAGCAGGUGGAGCAGCAGCAGCAGCAGCAGCAGCAGCAGCAGCAGCAGCGUCUGCCGCGACUCAGCGAAGACACAAUUGUGGCUGUUCCCUCAAAGAAGCGGAGGAGCUCCGAGUUGUCCGACAUAUACGAGACUUUUGCUGCCCAAGCAGCAGCAGCACACGCAGCAGCAGCAGCAGCAGCAGCAGAAGCGGGAGAAGACACUGCAGGUCUCGCGUCUCUGCGUUGGCUAGAGCAGCAGCGGCAGCAUCAGAAUGGCAGCAGCAGCAGCAGCAGCAGCAGCAGCAGCAGCAGCAAGAGGGCCCGGUCUGCUGCUGCGCAGCUCUGUGUCCGCUUCCGCUGCGCUGUUGCUGCUGCUCGCAGCAGCGCAGCACUGGAGGUGCAGUUUCUGCAGCUGCUGCUGCAGCGGCAGCGAGACGCAGCAGCAGCAACCGCAGCAGCUUGUCGCAGCAGCAGCAGCAGCAGCAGCAGCAUCAGCAGCAGCAGCAGCAGCGCUCUUUCGCAGAAGCACCAUCCUCUGAUUGACGGCAUCCCGAAAGGCAUUGCCUCAUUGUUCCUCCCGUCCCCAGUUGCUGCAGUUGCUGCUGCUGCUGCUGCUGCUGCUGCUGCUGCUGCAGGCUCUGACCAGCUAGCUGCCUCUGCAGCGCUCAGCGAGCAGCAGCAGCAGCAGCAGCAAGACUCGCAGGACUCACUGCCCGACGAGACGACCAACUCUAGCAUGGGCAGCAGCAGCAGCAGCAGCAACAGCAGCAGCAGCAGCAGCAGCAGCAGCAGCAGCAGCAGCGACUUGGUGGCUGUUGAGCUGGCAGCACAAAGCUACCGCCACAAAUGCGGGCUGCUGCUGCCGCAGCAGCUAUUUGUGGGCCCCACAGAGACAGGGGCGGUGGUUAUAGGACGUUUGCUGCUGCCGCCACAGCAGCAGCAGCAGCAGCAAGAACCGCAGCAGCAGCAGCAGCAAGAACCGCAGCAGCAGCAGCAGCAAGAACCGCAGCAGCAGCAGCACCAAGAACCGCAGCAGCAGCAGCACCAAGAACCGCAGCAGCAGCAGCACCAAGAACCGCAGCAGCAGCACCAAGAACCGCAGCAGCAGCAGCGAGAACCGCAGCAGCAGCAGCAAGAAUCGCAGCAGCAGCAGCAGCAGCAGCAAGAGCCGCAGCAGCAGCAGCAGCAAGAGCCGCAGCAGCAGCAGCACGUAGAGCGCAGCGGAGUGCGACUAGUCAUUGGGGAGGAGCUCUGGAGUUUGCUGCUGCCACUUUUCCGCAAAUACGGCUACCAGCAGCAGCAGCAGCAGCAGCAGCAGCAGCAGCAGCAGCAGCAGAAGCAAACAAAUAGGUUCCCGCCGCUGCUCGUCAUUCGCCCGCAGCUGCUGCUUCUGCAGCAUCAGCAGCAGCUGCUGCUGCACGACGGAAUCUUUGGCAUAGUGUGA